GACUGCCAUUCCGACCUCGGGUUAUUUGGUACGUAUGAAUUGCUUUUCUUGCUUCAUAUAUCUCUACUUUUGGACAUCUUUCGAAUUCAUCACCUCGACAUCGAAUACGCAAACUUACAUACACAUUUUACAUCCUCUUCUCUCAUAUAAAACACAUUCAAAAUGGCACCAAAAGGACCCUACAAGCUCGUUACAGUUAACAAAGUCCCAGCUCGGGCAAAGAUCUUGAUUGGGAGGGUGGUUGAGGAUGUUAAGGAUAGCUAUACCAUUGAAUAUGUCAAGAACGCCGAACGAAUGGAAGACGUAAAAGCCAUGGUCGAGGAGCAACAACCAGAUGUUUUGUUCGUAGCCUCAAUGUGGACCGCCGAAGAGGCAAACGAAAUCCAAGAAAUCGCCAAGUCCACCAAGCCAGGUAUCAAAACCAUGGCCAUCCCACACGGGUUACAAAUCGAAAAGGGUCCAGAUGCUGUUGUGGAGUUUUUGAAGGAGCAGUGGCCGGGACUUGUUGACAACUAGGAAAAGAAAAGAUAGAUCGAAGUAAGAUAAAAGAAAGGCGUGGAAUACAUGGAUGUAUAGAGACUCUAGAUGCAUUUAUGUAUGAAUGUUUGCAAAUACCCAUAGAAAACUCAAAGUAUAAAUAUAAUCAUGACAUCUAAUAUUGAAGCA